AUGUACUCGUCCUCUGCGGCACAAAAGGCCAAGCGACGCACACACACGCGUCCUGAGCUCACUGAUGAGCAAAAGCAGGAGAUCAAAGAGGCGUUCGAGCUCUUCGACACGGACAAAGAUGGCUGCGUCGACUAUCACGAGCUCAAAGUCGCGAUGCGCGCGUUAGGGUUCGACUUGAAGAAGGCGGAGGUGCUGAAGAUCCUGCGAGAUCAUGACAAGACAGGACACGGACUGAUGGACUUCGAAGACUUCGCGAAAAUCAUGAGUGAGCGCAUACUGGCCCGUGAUCCCAUGGAAGAAAUCCGCCGCGCGUUUCAGCUUUUUGAUGAUGACAACACGGGCAAGAUCAGCCUAAGGAACCUGAGGAGGGUGGCGAAGGAAAUCGGCGACCGGUUGGAAGAUGAUGAACUGCAAGCCAUGAUCGACGAGUUCGACCUCGACCAGGACGGAGAGAUCAAUGAGCAGGAAUUCUUUGCCAUCAUGACAGACGACGCAUAG